AUGGCCAGAUGGCUCGACGCCUACAAUUGCGAUGCCGCAGACAGAUUUGAUGACAAGCGGAAGCAGCCCAGGCCAAAAGUGGCGGCGAAAGGGCCCGUGGUGGAAGUCCAGGCGGAUCUGAUUCCUGGAGAGAUGGGACCAGCGCAGGCUCGCCAGGCUGCUGCUGCUCCUGCCGAUAUGGCCAAACAGGUGGCCAACCAGAGGAGGCAAGUGCCUGGCGCCGCGAAACUCGAGUGUCUCUCGCCUCGAGGUCAAACGGAUGAAGAACAGAAGGAGAUCGUGGGGUUCAGAUCGAAUAUGCUUCUCAACAAUCUGGUUAGGCUGGAGGAUCGGAUCAUUCAGUCAAUGGCAGAAAUAGCCUUCCGGGAAGGCAGAAGAACAGAAGAACUGGGGUCCAGAUCGAACGGGCUCCUCGGUCACCCGGCUCUCAUCGCGCCACCGCUGCGGCUGAUGCCGCUCUGCUAG